CUGUCUAAGGAGGUCGCCCGGGCCGGAGCGCCACGCAGGCUGGGAUCUCGAGGUGCCCAGACCGGCCACGCGGGGCCGCUGCGGGCCACGGGUUUCCGUGGUACAGCCUAUCUUUCUUCUCCGGCUCCUGUGACCUACAUCUCGGACACCUAGGGCACGUGGGUUGCCUCCCACGGACUAGCAGGCAGGCCGGGGGAGGGCUUGGAGCGUAAAGAAUGUCACACGGGGCCCUCCAGAUGCUGUCGGACAGGCCUCCAUUCACUUGGCAGGCCCUGUUCCAAAGGAGUUAUUGAGGUCGGGGGUACGGAAAACUGGGGACAGAGAGGGGACCAGGCUUUAGGAAGAAAUGGGCGUGUGGGUGGCAGGAUGGGGAACAUGACCACCUGCCGCGUGCUGAGAUGAGUAGCGUGCUAUUUCCUUGAUUGUUGCCGAAGUCACGUGUGAUUUAUGAAUUGGUGCGGCUUUCCGAUGCUCCACGGCGUGAUUCACUCGGUUGAUUCACAAGUAGGAAUUCUGAUGCUCUGGUGCCCGUUUCUGGUUUGGAAGUAGGAGGAAAGGGGUCUGGGUGGAAACAGGGGAGUGGGUGAACAUGGGCCUCAGGAAAUGGGUCAAGCCUCUGAUCAAGCUGAGGGUAGUGUCCCAGUCACACACGCGUCAGUCACCUCCUCCCUGUCUCCUUCUCGGCAUUUGGUUCCUCCUCCCUUCUUCCCUCCCUCUCCAAAGGACCCAGUCUCCAGAUAUCCAUCUGGAUGAGCCAGCCAGAGGGACCGGCUGUGUCAGAGGCAAGCAAACAGGUAUUAGGGUGCAAGGCUGUGGGCGGGGAGAGUACUCCUGAAUUACCAGUGGAGCUCCGGUGAGAAAGAGAGAGAGCGAGCGAGUCCCAGAACACCCCAGAGCUGGGCCCUUCCUCAGGCUCGCCCUUCCCCAGCCCCCAACCUUCUUCUGCCCUGUUCUACCUGUAGCUCACCUUCUCUGGGCCAGCUACUGUUUUUGGGUUAUCGGGUCCCACCAUGGCAGUUUACCGUCUCUGUGUAACCACUGGUUCCUACCUGAAGGCUGGCACACUGGACAACAUCUAUGCUACUUUGGUGGGCACCUGUGGUGAGAGCCCUAAGCAGAGGCUGGAUCGUGUGGGCAGGGACUUUGCCUCUGGAUCGGUUCAGAAGUACAAGGUGCGCUGUGCAGCAGAGCUGGGUGAGAUCUUGCUGUUGCGCUUACACAAGGAGCGCUUUGCUUUCUUCUGCAAGGACCCCUGGUACUGCAGUCGAGUCAGUGUCACUGCCCCAGAUGGCACUGUGACUCACUUUCCAAGCUAUCAAUGGAUUGAGGGCUACUGCACCGUGGAGCUGCGGCCAGGAACAGCAAGAACCAUCUGUCAGGAUUCUCUCCCCCUCCUUCUGGAUCACAGGAAACGGGAACUCCAGGCCCGCCAAGAAUGUUAUCGCUGGAAGAUCUAUGCUCCUGGUUUCCCUCGAAUGGUGGAUGUCAGCAGUUUUGAGGAGAUGGAGUCAGAUAAGAAAUUUGCCUUGACUAAGACAGUACCUUGUGCAGACCCGGAUGACAACUCAGGGAACCGGUACCUGCCUGGCUUUCCUAUGAAAGUUGACAUCCCAUCUCUGCUGCACAUGGAGCCCAACAUUCGCUACUCAGCCACCAAGACGGCCUCACUGAUCUUCAAUGCUCUUCCUGCGUCCUUGGGCAUGAAGAUUCGAGGUCUGCUAGACCGCAGGGGCUCCUGGAAGAAGCUGGAUGACAUCCGGAACAUCUUCUAGUGUCACAAGACCUUCACCACAGAGUACGUCACAGAGCACUGGUGUGAGGACAGCUUCUUUGGGUACCAGUACCUGAAUGGUGUCAAUCCUGUCAUGCUCCAUUGCCUCUCCAGCUUGCCCAGCAAGCUGCCUGUCACCAAUGACAUGGUGGCAUCUUUGCUGGGACCAGGCACCUGCCUACAAACAGAGCUAGAGAGGGGGCACAUUUUCCUAGCGGACUACUGGAUCCUGGCGGAGGCCCCUGUCCAUUGCAUAAACGGUCUCCAACAGUACGUGGCUGCUCCACUCUGCCUGUUGUGGCUCAACCCGCAGGGGGUGCUACUGCCGUUGGCCAUCCAGCUCAGCCAGACUCCAGGGCCUGAGAGCCCCAUCUUCCUGCCCACUGACUGCGAGUUGGACUGGCUGCUGGCCAAGACGUGGGUGCGCAACUCUGAAUUCUUGGUGCACGAGAACAACACGCACUUUCUGUGCACGCAUUUGCUAUGCGAGGCCUUCUCCAUGGCCACCCUGCGUCAGCUGCCCCUCUGUCAUCCAGUCUACAAGCUACUGCUUCCCCACACUCGCUACACGCUGCAGGUGAACACCAUCGCAAGGGCCACGCUGCUCAACCCAGAAGGCCUCGUGGACAAGGUCACAUCCAUCGGUAGGCGCGGCCUCAUCUACCUCAUGAGCACAGGGCUGGCCCACUUCACCUACACGGAUUUUUGCCUGCCGGAUAGCCUACGGGCUCGCGGUGUCCUGAACAUCCCCAACUACCACUACCGGGACGAUGGCCUGAAGAUUUGGGCGGCUAUUGAGAGGUGUGGGGACCCUCAGGUCCUUCCAGCCACCAAGGUCUCCGGGCCCAGGGGGCAGCGUGGGCUGCUGUACUCAUGUCAGCUGGAGCUCUUGAGGCUCCAGCCUCUCAGUGCUCUCCCACCCAGCAUAGGAAACUCAAGAGUAGGAACUGGCAGACAGGUUCUAUCGGUGCAGCAGGACUCUGAGCUGCAGGCCUGGGUGGGUGAGAUUUUUGCUCAGGCGUUCCUCAGCCGGGAGAAUUCAGGCUUCCCAAGCCGGCUGUGCACUCCAGGAGAGCUCGUGAAGUAUCUCACUGCAAUCAUCUUUAAUUGCUCCGCCCAGCACGCAGCAGUCAAUAGUGGGCAGCACGACUUUGGGGCCUGGAUGCCUAAUGCCCCAUCAUCUAUGAGACAGCCCCCACCUCAGACCAAGGGGAACACAACGAUGAAGAGUUACCUAGACACCCUCCCAGAAGUGAACACCACCUGUAGCAACCUUCUCCUCUUCUAGGCCUCUGGGCACCUACCCAGAUGAACACAUAACAGAGGAGGCCCCGCAGAAAAGCAUUGCAGCCUUCCAGAACUGCCUGGCACAGAUCUCAAGGGACAUCAGGGAACGCAACGAGAGCCUGGAACUACCCUACGCCUACUUGGACCCUCCCCUCAUCGAGAACAGUGUGUCCAUCUAAGGCCCACUUCACGUCAUCCCAGAAGAAAGGAAGUUCCAACUAAGGGAAAGGCUGACUUCCUAGGGCCUUCCAGUCCCCUCCACGCCCCCUGUUCUCAUCUUGAACCUUCUCCUUUGCUUACAGGUCCAAGAUUGCCCUAACAUUAUAUAAAUGGGCCCUGAGCUGUGAGGGACCAGUACGCAGUGUUCAGGGUGAAAGCCGCUGACUAAAGUCAAAUGCACAAUAUACCCCUUGAAAAGGAAUCCCUUCUUUGCCCUUCUUAUGUGGGAAUCUUCCUUCCACACUGGGAUGCCCACCUUGGGUUUCUGAGUUCUCCUCCCACACCCCCCUCAAACCCAGUCUUUCUCUAUCAUUUCUCCUUUCUCUGAGCUCACGACCCCUAAAUUCAGCUUCCUUUCCUGAAAGAGCCCUGAAACUGGAAUGGAAGGGGUGAGCGCCUGGGUCUGCCAUGCACUCCCCUUUGCUCCUAGUACUUUUAAGGGGGAGGGAAAGAAUCAGCCCAGCUCACUAGUAUGUCUAGUUGAGUUUCUGAGAACUCUAGCCUGGGUGUGUAUGUCGCUCUCUCUCAAACUCUCCUCCUGCCCACUCGAUUCCUAUUGUUCAUCUCUGUCUUUGUGCCCAGUGACUCCAAUAAAAGCUAACAUAUUCAGCUCCCA